AUGGAGGACCCCUUUUCCCUUAUUUUUUUUUUCUUGGUGGACACAUUUUUCCUUCAUUUUUUCGUGAUGGACACCAUUUCCCUUUUUUUCUUCGCGGGCACCAUUUCCCUUCUUUUUUUUCUUCGUGGACACCUUUUCACUUCCUUUUUUAUUUGUCGACCCCUUUUCCCUCUUUUUUUCUUGAUAGAUCCCUUUUCCCUUAUUUUUUCAUUGGUGGAUCCCUUUUCCCUUGUUUUUUUUUUCUUGUUGGACACAUUUACCCUUCUUUUAUCCUUUGUGGACACCCGGACUUCUUUUCCCUCUUUUUUUCUUGAUGGACACCUUUUCCCUUUUAUUCUUGGUGGACCCCUUUUCCCUUCUUUUAUCCUUGGUGGACUCCUUUUCUUUUCUUUUUUUCUUGGUGGCCACUUUUUCGUUAAUUUUUUUCUUGACCGGAACUCUUUUCACUUCUUUUUUUUCUUGGUAGACACCUUUUCCCUUCUUUUUUCAUGGUGGGCCCCUUUUCACUUUUUUUUUCUCUUAGUGGACACAUUUUCCCUUUUUUUUUCUUGGUGGACCCCUUUUCCUUUCUUUUUUUCAUGGAAGACACCUUUUCUCUUUUCUCUUGCUGGACACCUUUUCCCUUCUUUUUUUUUUUUUUUUUUUGGUGGGCACCUUUUCUCGUCUUUUUUUCAUGGAGGACAUAUUUUCCCGUUUUUUUUCUUGGUGUACACCUUUUCCCUUCUUUUUUUCUUGGUGGACACCUUUUCUCGUCUUUUUUUCAUAGAAGACACAUUUUCCCUUUUUUUUUCUUGGUGGACACCUUUUCCCUUCUUUUUUCAUGGAAGGCACCUUUUCUCUUUUCUCUUGGUGGACACCUUUUUCCUUCUUUUUUUUUUUUUUUUUUUUUUUUGGUGGACACCUUUUCUCGUCUUUUUUCAUGGAGGACAUUUUCCCGUUUUUUGGGGUUUUUUUUUGAUGGACACCUUUUCCCUUCUUUUUUCAUGGAAGACACCUUUUCUCUUUUCUCUUGGUGGACACCUUUUCCCUUCUUUUUUCAUGGAAGACACCUUUUCUCUUUUUUCUUGCUGGACACCCUUUCCCUUCUUUUUUUCUUGGUGGACGCCUUUUCUCGUCUUUUUUUCAUGGAGGACACAUUUUCCCUUUUUUUUUCUUGGACACCUUUUCCCUUCUUUUUUUCAUGGAGGACACCUUUUCUCUUCUUUUUCUCUUGGUGGACACCUUUUCCCUUCUUUUAUCAUGGUGGACCCUUUUUUAUUCUUUUUUUUUUUCUUAGCGGACCUCUUUUCCUUUCAUUUCUUUCUUGUUUUAAUCUCUCUCUCUCUCUCUCUCUCUCUCUCUAUCUAUCUAUCUAUCUAUCUAUCUAUCUAUCUCUAUAUAUAUAGGUUACGAAUGAUCUUUCUCAGACAAGGAGGAAAUUUCUAUUUUCUAAAAUUCAUUCCCUUGUAUAAAUCUCCCACACUCCUUUCGUCCCCCCACCUCUCUCUCUCUCUCUCUCUCUCUCUCUCUCUCUCUCUCUGUCUAUCUUUCUGUGCCUAUCUAUCUAUCUAUCUAUCUAUCUAUCUAUCUAUCUAUCUAUCUAAUUCUGUUCAAAUCUAUCUAUCUAUCUAUCUAUCUAUCUAUCUAUCUAUCUAUCUAUCUAUUUCAGCUUGCUCAUAUCUAUCUUCUUUGUUUUGA